AUGAAAAAAAUGCUUUACGAUUCGAGGAGCGGGGACUGGAGAAAAGCGCUCAGAGCUGUAGAUGGGAUGAAAAAGUUGCCUGGCUGGCUCAUCGAUCAGAAAUCGUACUGCAUGGCCAUCACUGCGUGUGGGAGGGGGGGGCAGUGGGAACAGGCUGUGAGGCUACUGAGAGAGAUGCCGACUGAAGGGGCUGCCCCUGAUUUGAGCGCAUAUAGCGCAGUCAUUGAUGCGUGUGCGAAGGGAGGCCAGUGGAAGAUGGCUGUGUUCUUUCUGAUGGAGAUGCCGACGAAAGGCAUAGCCCCUGACGCCCGCAGCUACGGCGCAGCCAUCAACGCCUGUGCAAGGGGUGGUCGGUGGAAGAUUGCGUUAGAUCUCCUAAGAGAGAUGCUCGCACGGGAUGUUACUCCCAACGUCAUCAUCUACAACUCAGCAAUUAACUCGUGUGCCAAGGCGGGUCAGUGGGAGAUUGCUGUGAGUUUGGUGAAGGAAAUGGCAACAGUAGGGCUGGCCCCCGAUGUCAUCAGCUACAGCUCAGCGAUCUCGGCAUGUGGAAGGGGGGGGCGGUGGGAGGAAGCUUUGGAGUUAUUCGAGGAUAUGCGCACGUCGGGAGUAGCCCCCGAUGUCAUCACGUACGGUUCCGCCAUCGCUGCGUGCGCCAACGGGGGUCGUUGGAAGGAGGCUGUGAGCUUGCUGAGGAAGAUUCCGACGGUAGGACUUACCCCCAAUGUUAUCAGCUACAGCUCAGUCAUCACCGCUUGCGCUAAGGAGGGUCAAUGGAAGAUUGCUUUGGAUCUGCUGAGAGAGAUGAAAGCAAUGAGGUUAGCUCCCAAUAUCAUCACCUACAAUGCAGCCAUCGAUGCUUGCGCAAAGGGCGGUCGGUGGAAGGAGGCCAUUGAUCUCCUGAGAGAGAUGCCAACGGUAGGGCUACCCCCCGACGUCGUAAGCUACAGCUCAGUCAUUGAUGCUUGUUCAAAAGGGGAUCGAUGGAAGGAAGCUAUCGAUAUUCUGAGAGAGAUGCCGACGGUCGGGCUAUCCCCCAACGCCAUCAGCUAUAAUUCUGCCAUCGAUGCAUGUGCAAAGGGAGGACAGUGGAAGGAGGCCAAGGGUCUGCUGAGGGAGAUGCCAACGGCGGGUGUUACGCAGAGAGUCAUUGGCUACAACUCAGCUAUUGCCGCGUGUGCAAAGGGGGAGCAGUGGAAGGAGGCUUUGGCUCUGCUGAGAGAGAUGCCGACUGUGGGGCUACACACCACCGUGUUCAGCUACAGCUCUGCCAUCGAUGCGUGUGGAAAAGGGAAUCUGUGGAUUAAGGCCAAAGAAUUACUUAGAGAGAUGGCAACGGUAGGACUUGCUCCGAAUGAGGUGUGCUACAACUCCGCCAUUGAUGCAUGUGGGCGAGGGGAUCAGUGGGAAGAGGCCGUUGACCUAUUGAGAGAGAUGCCGACGGUAGGGCUUUCCCCCGAUGUUUUCAGCUACAGCUCAGCCAUCGCUGCGUGCGCAAAGGGCGAUCAAUGGAAGGAGGCCCUGGCGGUACUGAAGGAGAUGAGCGCGGCAGGGCUUGCCCCCGAUCUCAUUUGCUACAACUCGGCCAUCGACGCGUGUUCCAAAGGAGGUCGGUGGAAAAUGGCUGUGGCGCUACUGGGCGAGAUGCGGGCGGCAGGUCUGACUCCCAACAUCAUUAGUUACAGCUCGGCCAUCGACGCGUGUGUACGGGGGGGUCAGUGGAAGGAAGGCAUAGCCCUACUAGAGGAAAUGCGCGGGUCGGGAGUUGUCCCCGACGUCAUCACCUACCACGCCUUAAUGGUCACCUGCGCGAAGUACGACUAGAGUGGGUGUGGUGAGAGAGUUUGCGGCGUUGUUAGCAGCUACGUCUAUUUGCUUCGUCAUUGUCAGUAGUCGGGGGCGACAACGCUGACAACAUCGUGCAAGUCAUGGAAUAUAUUUCAGCCCUCGUGUGGAUUCCUCGUGCCCGUGGAUGGAGCUCAACUCGUUCCUAUGGAUUGAUUGCCGUAAAGGUCUUCGCCCUUGCUGCGAGGCACAAUUAGCGAAACCUGGGGGGCAGUGUUGUUGUAUUUUCUCUUGAUUGAUGAAGAGCUCGUCUCGCCAGCAGAAUAAUCACUGAGUCGAUCGA